CCUCUCUUUCAAAUUGCAAAUUAGAAAAUGGCGACGAAAUUUGACAACGUGAUCGUUGCCGAUCUAAACGAAAAUGGCCAAUAUGAUAAAACAAAGGAAUUCAGUGCUCAAAUUGACAUGUCAAGACAAGGAGACAGCGUUGUUCUGUGCAUUUAUAAAGGGGAAGAGAAGGUGAAAUCGGUAAUAGUUACUAAAGAAGCUGAGUACUGCCGCUUAGGGAAACAAGCUUUUAUUGUCACCUCAGAAGAUCAGGAAAGCACACUAUUCAAAUUUGAUAGCAUACAUAAUGUGAAGUCAUUUCAGUUCAAAUUAAAGGAGUUAAAGCAAGGAUUGUCAUCCAUAUUUACAGACAGGACAGAUGAGGCUUCGGCAGUGCAAUAUUUUCAGUUCUAUGGCUACCUCUCACAGCAGCAGAAUAUGAUGCAAGACUACAUACGAACCUCCACAUACCAGAGAGCAAUGUUGUCAAAUAUAAAUGACUUCUUGGAUAAAGUGGUGCUGGAUGUAGGAGCUGGGUCUGGAAUCUUGUCAUUUUUUGCCUUACAAGCUGGAGCACGAAAAGUUUAUGCCAUAGAAGCCAGUAACAUGGCAGAAUAUUGUGAGCAACUGGUGCGGCACAACAAACUUCAAGAUAAGAUUAUUGUUAUACCAGGAAAGGUUGAGGAGGUUUCUUUACCAGAAAAAGUGGAUACAAUCAUAUCAGAACCUAUGGGCUAUAUGCUCUUCAAUGAACGUAUGCUGGAAAGCUUUUUACAUGCAAAAAAAUGGUUAAAGCCUAAAACAGGUAAAAUGUACCCGACACAAGGAGAUCUGCAUGUUGCACCAUUCACAGAUGAAGCAUUGUAUAUGGAACAAUUUUCUAAAGCAAAUUUCUGGUAUCAGGAGUCAUUUCAUGGCAUAAAUCUCACAAGUUUACGUGAUGCUGCUGUCGAAGAAUACUUUAAACAACCUAUAGUUGACACAUUUGAUAUACGAAUGUGUUUAGCAAAGUCAUUAAAACACACGGUAGACUUUUUAACAGCAGAUGAAACUGAUUUACAUGUGAUAGAAAUUCCAUUGAAUUUUACUAUACACCAAACUGGUCUGGUACACGGACUGGCAUUCUGGUUUGAUGUGGCAUUCCUUGGAACAGUAACACCAGUAUGGUUGUCAACAAGUCCCACAGAAACAUUAACACAUUGGUACCAGGUUCGAUGCUUGGUUCAAACACCAGUCCUAGUGAAGCAGGGACAAAGCCUCACAGGAAAGUGUCUUCUCAGGUGUAAUAAAAGGCAAAGCUACGAUGUUGAUAUUGAGCUGAAUAUCCCGGGAACUACAAGUAUCUCCAAAAACAGUCUCGAUCUCAAGAAUCCAUUCUUCCGCUACACGGGUCAAACGCCAGCAGCACAGCCUGGCACACAAACACAGUCCCCCAGUGAUGCUUACUGGAACACAUUAAUGACAGGUCAGAACUACAAUACUAUUGGUGCUCUUAAUGGCGGUAUGAUGAACGGAGUGAUUGGUGACACAAACACAUUACAGUUACAAGGUCAGAUACAGUUAACGUCUAAUUAUUUACCAAUGUCUGGUGCCCCUAUCAAUCCUGGUAGCAUUCCAAGUGUUCUAAACCUGGCUGUCAACAGCUCUGCCAACCGAACGUCAAUAGGUGGGGGAAUCAGCCCUAUUAACUUCUCAAAUACACAGCCACAGAACGUUAUUACGGGAACGUACAGCCAAUAUCCAAUCAGUAGUCAGUUCAUGAUCGGAGAUUAUGUGACACCAGGAAAUCUUGUACCAUUAAGUGAACAGAACAAGAGCUGAAUUGUUGCUCAUAUAGUGUUCUUAGUGCUUUGAUAAUCUAUGUUGUGCUCAUUAUCCUGUAGUGUAUAAAUAGAUCACAAUUUAGUUCUCAUGGCUUCAUUUUGGUGUUGUGAUUAUUCUCAUCAGAUCAAAGGUCUACAAAAACAUUCUUAAAGAAUGCCUGUAGGUGUUCAGCAGAUCUACUUCAUACUUGACACACUGAGAAGAGACAGUGUAAUCAUCAUUUGUUGUAUAUCAAACACCAAAAAGUGAUUUACAAAGCAGUAGGACUUCUGUCCUAUAUAUUAUAUAUGAUUUUAUGCACUAUGUGCAGGACAAGUUUACAAAAUUAUAUUCUUGGCAUUGACAUUAAACUACAAAUGCUGCCAUAGAAUGUAUAAUGUCAGGAAUAUAUUGAGAGUUUGUCAACUUGAUGUAGGACCAUCUCAAAAGAUAAAAAUACGCACAAUGAAAUAAAAAGUUUGCUCCAUAAACUAAAAGGUGUUACUGUGCUCAAGGUUUAAAGAAUAAAUGUAAGAUAAUGAUAUCAUAUUGACAGCUAGCUUACUUUGUAAUCAUAAAGUAAUCUUCUAAUGAAAUUAUGGAACACUAAUGUACUAUAUUGUAUUAUGUUUUAAUUUUAUUAAAUCAAGCAAAUGUCAUGAUUAAAUUCUCUUAUAAUAUUUACAACUUUACAUGUAAAAUUUGUAUUUUGUGGUUAUAAAAGAUCUUAGGUAAACAAAAAGAAACAAUAAUCUGUUAAUAUUCUUUAUUUUUUUUUUUUUUUUCCCAAAAUUAUGCAAAUUUUGUUUGGAUGGAUAUUACUGACAUGAUCUUAAAAAGUGUAAAUUGGCAUAAAUUGAUACAUGAAACUAUUUUAUUAAGUUUUUUCCCCAUAUUAACCCAUGCCACCAGUGCAGAUCAAGAUCACAGGCACCUCUGUGUCUUCUGAUUUAAUGGUCUUAAGUCUGUUUGCUAUUCAGUCUGGACAUAUUUUAGAUAUUUUUACCUAAAAAUAUGGAGUGGUUUAGACCAUGCUGAAAAAUAGACAAUUUAAGAUACUGUAUGUAGUAGGGGUUAAGAUUUCCAUUAAAUGGUCAUCCAUUCCAUUGCUUUGUAAUUCAAAUCACAAUUAUUUAUGGAAAGUUUUCUCAUUUAACAAUGGUUUGUAAUGUAAAAGAAAAUUUGUAAAUGUGACACUAUUAUGAUUGAAAUGAUUUUUAUCAUAUGAUAAUAUACUUGGGCUAUUUUGAUUGUUUUAUUUGUUCAUUAAUUGUAAUCUUAUUGUAAGAUUUAUACUGUACAAGGAUAGUUCUGAAGUGGAAAAUGGUUAAACAAAUGAUCAGUCAAUCAGCAGUAUUGAUUUAUUUAUUUAGGUCAUAAUUAUAAGAGUUACUAAAAUGAAGUGAACCGGAUUAAAUACUACCAGUACUUGCCAGUUUUCCAUUGAUGCUCAAUUGGAAGAUAAAGAAGGGUUUAUUUCAGGAGUAUGUUUUUGUAGGACUUGUAUCCAUCUGAAAAAAUAUAUGCUUUGUAGGAUUCCACAAGGCCAAAAUAUUCAAGUGUCAUUUGUCCUAGUAAAGUAAGAAAGUGGAAAACCUGUUUUAAAUUGAAGGGGGGGGGCACCUUUACUAUGAUUUUAGUGUCAUAAUUUUACUUGACAUACAGAUUCCAUCUAAAGAAAUAUUAAAGUAUAUGCCUAAUACAGAUAAUCAUUUUUUUAAUGAAUUAAAUGUACAUGUAUAUAAGUGAACUGGAAAAUGUUAGAAAAACAACUUUUUUUUUUUGGGUGAACACCGUUCAAGAAACUGUUGCUGCUGUCCAACAGAGAGAAAAAAUGUUUUGAAUGUCUCAAAUGUAAUGUAACUUUAAUGAUAUAUCUACUUUAAGAAUAAUUGUAAUAUACAUGGAUCAACUAAAACAAUUCAAUUUA